AUGAUAAUUUUAAUGAAGAGAGCUGGUAUACCAAAAUCCAAGUCAUACUACUUCCUAAUCCGUAUGGUAAAUUGGUAAUUUUCCAAUUUAUUAUAAUUUUGUUUGAUUUGCAUUAUGCUUUGAGGCUUUCCAACUGAAAAACCUGUCACCUGGCCUCCCUCUCCCUCCCGUUCCUGCAAAUAUCAAGAUAGAUAGAAAUUUCAAAAUCAAAACCCUAAUCCAAACCCGCAAUCCCAUAAACGAAGAUUAUGUAUAUAUGUUGUUAAUUACAUAGACACACAGAAAUACUUGCCUCGUAUAUAUAGCAAUAUAGGCAUUGUGUUUUUACAUAAACACAUAGAAAUACCGUCCUCUUCUUCUUUGUUCACUAUACAUUGAAUUUUUGGCAGAUUGUGUGUAUAUACAACCGCUCUCACACGAAGAAGAAGAGGUGUUUGGGGCUCAUUUUGUUUGGAGAAAAUUAAAAGAUAUUAGCUAGGGUUGUUGAAAUUGAUUCUGAUGAUUAGGGAUUUGGGAAAAAGGAGAAGGAUAGUAGAUAAUAAAUGGGAAAUAAAUGUUUUCGUGGAAAACUUACAAAGAAUGGGAUCUUUCAUAAACUCUUUUGGUGGUUUCGACCACCAAGUAUUCUCAUAUUCAGUAAGAAAAAAGGAGCAAUAAAGGGUGAGGCAGCAACCUCAACCUCAGAGGCUAAAGAGGCAGAAGCUGCUAUUGUUCCAGUCCAGAACAAACCCCCUGAGGUGGUUAAGAUAGAAAAUGAAGAGAAGAAGGAACAGCCUGCCCCAGCCAAUACAGGAGGAAAUGACAAGGAAAAACCGGCAAAACCCAAGAAGCCAAACAAUGUCAAGAGAGUAGCCAGUGCUGGGUUGCAGGCUGAGUCUGUGUUGAAGACGAAAACGGGGAAUUUGAAGGACUUCUAUAAGUUGGGGGACAAGCUUGGGUAUGGGCAGUUUGGGACCACUUUCAUUUGUAUUGAAAGUUCAACUGGGAACAAAUAUGCCUGCAAAUCUAUAUCGAAGAGGAAGCUAGUGAGUGAAGAAGAUGUGGAAGAUGUGAGGAGAGAAAUCGAGAUUAUGCAUCACUUGGCAGGUCAUCCUAAUGUCAUAUCUAUCAAGGACUCGUACGAGGAUUCUGUGGCGGUUCAUGUUGUAAUGGAACUAUGCGCAGGAGGCGAGCUCUUCGAUAGGAUUGUUAAGAGGGGGCAUUACUCUGAACGACAGGCAGCCCAGCUCACUAGGACCAUUGCUGGUGUAAUUCAAACCUGCCACUCCUUGGGGGUUAUGCAUCGCGACCUUAAGCCUGAAAACUUCCUCUUUGUCAGUGGGGAGGAGGAUUCGCCUUUGAAGACUAUUGAUUUUGGAUUAUCAACUUUUUUCAAGCCAGGGGAAAUUUUCGAGGAUGUCGUUGGCAGUCCUUAUUAUGUUGCUCCUGAAGUUCUGAGAAAGCAUUACGGUCAAGAGGCUGAUGUUUGGAGUGCAGGCGUGAUAGUUUACAUCCUUCUCAGUGGUGUGCCUCCAUUUUGGGGAGAAACCGAGCAAGACAUAUUUGAAGAAGUCGUGAAUGGUGAACUUGACUUCAAAGCAGAAGCCUGGACUAAAAUUUCUGAUAGUGCUAAAGAUUUAGUGACGAAAAUGCUUGAUAGAGACACGAAAAAGCGACUAACUGCUCAUGAUGUUCUCUGCCAUCCAUGGGUGCAGGAUAAUGGGGUGGCUCCAGACAAACCUCUUGAUUCAGCAGUUUUAACUCGUUUAACGCAGUUUUCAGCGACGAACAAACUUAAGAAAAUGGCUCUCAGAGUGAUUGCAAAUAACCUUUCUGAAGAGGAAAUUGCUGGAUUAAAAGAAAUGUUCAAAGCAAUUGACACAGAUAACAGUGGCCAGAUUACAUUUGAAGAACUGAAAGAUGGACUACAUAAAUUUGGUGCAAAUCUUAACGAAUCUGAGAUACAGGAUUUGAUGAAGGCUGCUGAUGUGGACAACAGCGGGACUAUUGACUAUGGGGAGUUUAUAGCAGCAAUGCUGCACAUGAACAAAGUCGAGAAGGCGGACCAUUUAGCUGCAGCCUUUUCUUACUUUGACAAAGAUGGCAGUGGCUAUAUCACAGCAGACGAGCUUCAAAAGGCUUGCGAGGAGUUUGGCUUCAGGGACGUCGUCCUCGAGGAAAUGAUCAGGGAAGCUGAUCAAGACAAUGAUGGGCGGAUAGAUUACAACGAGUUUGCUUCCAUGAUGACCAAAGGAAACGCAAAUUUAGGCCAGAAGCGAUUACCAAAUACUUUCAGCAUUAGCUUAAGGGAUGGAGUGCAGAGUUGUUGAAACAGUAUGCAUUAUUUUCCUUCUGUUUUGAGUCUCCACC